AUGUUACAAUCCAACGGGAGCACAGUGAUCACUGUGGUGCUGCAACCACGCCAUGUUAUGUUUCAGACCAAAACACUCGAGUUGCGAGAUAACAUGCGUAUACGAAUCGGUCGACAGACAUCAUCCAAAACGACACCAGGGCCAUUGAACGGGUAUUUUGAUUCCAAGGUGCUGUCAAGGACACACGCUGAAAUAUGGUCUGAAGAGGGCAAGGUAUACAUCAAGGACGUCAAGUCAAGUAACGGCACCUUUUUAAACGGCCAACGGCUAUCAAACGAGAAUGAAGAGAGCCCAGCCAUGGAGUUAAAGCCGGCCGACCAGGUUGAAUUCGGUAUAGAUAUCUCACAAGAUGAUGGGUCAAUCCUCUAUCACAAGGUCUCGUGUCAAGUCCAUAUUAUUCCCACAUCGCUUUCCCAGGUGGAUAGCAAUAUGCUCAAGGAUCUCACUGUUGGUUUUGCAAAUGGUAACAGCAAUCAUAAGCUGCAUAAGAAAUCAUCCACAUCUUCUUUAUCUUCGACAUCUUCCAACUCCACUUCAUCAACAUCUUCACCCACAGCAUCAAAUGCCAGCGACACAAAGCAACUAUCAUCAUCAGAAAAGUGGUCUGCUCGGAAUUGGGAAUUGUUGUUGGGAAAGCUACAACAAGAGAUUCAGCGCUCCAAAGACGUUGAGCAACAACUAUUAUCAGCAAAGGAAGCAAUUGGAGAUGCCGCACUCAAAGAUGAGAGAUUAACGAAGGCGGAUGCAAGGAAUAUCGAGAUGCAAAGGAAAUUGGAUGAGGCACAUGCACAAUUGACGUCUUACGCUGAGAAAUGUCGGCAUCAAAGUCAAGCAAUAUCAUCAGCAUCUCAAGAACUUAGGCGACUUGAAAGCAUCAUACGCACACUAGAACACAGCAAAGAUAAAACAGCUGGCAACACUUUACAGCAGGGAGAGGAAGACAACAACGACAAACGCAAUUCACAGGAUGUUGAGGAACGCUAUUCACGGCUAAUCAAGGAUUUGACAAUGGAAAAGGAGCGGUGUAAGCAAUACGAGACCAAAUGCAUGAUGUUGGAGAAGCGGAUCAAGCAUCUUGAACAAAGCAGGAAACCCUCCCUUUUUGAUUUCAUGCAGGUAACACACGUUGUGGCAUUGGGGGAUAACGAGACAAUCAUUUAA